AUGUCGAACAACCAACUAAAACAAUGGCGCCUGGUGUUGUACAUCUCUCGCCUACGAUUUCCACGCUACCCGGCCUACUAUUUUCCCGUGUUUGUGUUGCUACAAGGUUUCAAAAAGCUUCGGACCGAUCUGAAGCUUCGCAUGUUGGAUUUCUAUCUACAGCCCAUACCGAACGUGCUGUUCGAAUGGCUCCAAUCCGACCAGCUGGUUAACUCGGAACAUACGCUCUUCGUAUCGCCAACCGUCUUUCACGAGUACGUGGUGGAACACGAAAUCAAUUGGAUCAAUCUUGUGCUGAGGGUGGCAAAAUCAAACGAACCAACCGAAAGUCUGCCUCAGCCCGAAAAAAGUCUUGUAUCAAUCAUACUGAACAAGCAGGACGUUUCGCUGCUCUGCCAGAUAGCACCCCAUCCGGAAGUACCCCUGAACGCACUGUGGGUCAAGGAGAAUCUGAUCGAAAACCUAAACGAACGAUACUCCCGCAAUGGCGAACGAUACUGGGGCCGUUUGCAGCGUAUCACCGAAGGUCAGCAUCUACCAGCGAUCGUUGCCAAAGCAAACAUCUUCAUCUACCAAACACCGUACGAUUUAAGCUCCGAUAUGGUCGACUUCAUCCUCGGUCGAUACUUUGAAACACCUCGACUACUCUACCGGAACCACACCUACCAAAUACCACUGACGGAGCGAUUUUUAGGCAACACGUUCUAUACGAAAAAUUUUGCGAUUCUAGCAAACAUGAGAUCGCUUUGGUUUAAGUGUCUCAAUCUCGAUUCAACGGUCGGCGGCUUUGAGAUGAGUGGCAUCGUGCAGAAAAGUCUAACCACGCUACAGCAAACGACGACGUACAACAACUUUCUGCUUCCGGAACGUUUCGAUGGCUCGCACAUCCGGCCGAGCUGUCCGUUCGGAUUGCGGAAGUACUACGAUUCGCUACGUUCCUCCCUGCAAGCGUACAUGAGGAUGGAAAACAACGCGUUAGUACAGAACGCCAUUUAUCCCGUCUUCAUGUUGCGUGGUGAGCGUGGCAUCGGGAAGCAAGCUGUACUGCGUUCCGUUGCCGGUACACUCGGUAUCCCCAUCUACUACGCGGACUGUAGCGAAAUCAUGACCUCCAUAAGCUCCCAAACGGAAACGAAGCUAAGCGCUGCAUUUAACAAAGCGAAAGUUUGCGAACCAUUGAUCAUCUGUCUCGAGAACUUCGAAGUGUUCGGGGUGGACAACGAGGGACACGAGGAUCAGCGUAUAACGGGCUCGUUUCAGGCAGAACUUGCCACCCUUUUCGGGCGUAAAUAUUCACACCCGGUAGUGGUGGUGGCAUUGGCAAACGCGAAAGAAUCCAACACACCCAAACUGACCUCACUGUUCCUAGAGGUGAUACUGCUUCAUCCACCAACAACACCCGAACGGUUGGAACUUUUACGCUGGAUCUCGCUUGGCCAUCGGUACAGGCUUCCAUCCCGUCAGUUGCAAAAAAUUGCAGAUCAAAGCCAAGGCUUUACACUGUCCGAUCUGGAGCUGUUGUACGGGAAUGCGCUGGAAGCGUGGCGUCGCUCGAAGGUACCCCGGUUGCAGUUGAAACAUUUCCUCGAAUCGCUCGAAAGCAUGCAGUCCACCUUUUCGGACAGUCUCGGUGCCCCGAAAGUGCCCAAGGUGCUGUGGUCGGAGAUUGGCGGAUUGGCAAAGUUGAAAUCAGAAAUUCAAAACUCGAUCGGUUUGCCGUUACGCCAUAAGCAUCUUAUGGGGAAAAAUAUGCGCCGAUCGGGCAUCCUACUGUACGGUCCUCCGGGCACCGGAAAGACACUAAUCGCGAAAGCAGUUGCCACCGAAUGCAACCUAAGCUUCCUUUCCGUCCAGGGUCCAGAGCUGCUAAACAUGUACGUUGGCCAGAGCGAACAAAACGUGCGGGAAGUGUUUGCACGGGCAAGGACCGCCUCACCGUGUGUACUGUUUCUGGACGAGCUGGACUCGCUGGCACCGAAUCGGGGCGUAAGUGGUGAUUCGGGUGGCGUUAUGGAUCGUGUCGUUUCGCAAAUGCUUAGCGAAAUGGACGGCAUAUCGAAGGAUCCGGGACAGCAGAUUUUCAUCCUCGCGGCUACAAACCGGCCCGAUCUAAUUGAUCCUGCACUGCUACGUCCGGGACGGUUCGAUAAGUUGCUUUACGUAGGACCGAGCUGUACGGUGGAGGAUAAGGAAAGUGUUCUGCGUGCGCUGACUGGGCGGUUUCAGCUGGCAGCAAAGCUUACGUUGCGAAAGAUUGCGGAAAGCUUGAAGCAGGAUAUGACCGGUGCGGAUAUGUAUUCGAUCUGCUCGAACGCAUGGUUGAGUGCGGUACGGCGCACGGUAAAGGAAGCAAUUGCAGGAGAUUCCAUCAAUGAGGGUCUCAGUGCGGAUCAGGUGAUCGUGACGGAGGAUGAUUUCAAGGAAGCGAUCAAAACGUUCAUCCCCUCGAUAAGUCCGGCCGAUAUGGCGUACUUUAAUCAGUUGAAGGGUAACUUUAGUGUAUGA